GUUUAAUGCAGUUGACUUAACUCAUAACUCAACACAUCUAAAUUACAUUCCACAUUUUGCUUCAAACUUAUAAUUUUUGUGACCAUGGAAAUUGGAAUAGAGGAUGAGAUUGUGGACAUGUCAAUGGUACCUCCAUCAAGUAGUUCCAUGAAGAUAGUAAGGAGCAGUGGCUUUGGUCACAUUGGUCCCAACAAUGAGUUUAUGUCUAAGGAUGCAUACCUUAGAAAUAGGUGCUCAGAGAUUGAUAUUGAAGUUGAAGAUUCUAGUUUGAACCAAAAUGGCCCCCUCCCUAUAUUUUUAAAGUUUGAAGAUGUAGAGUUUAAGGUGAGAAACAGCCAAGCAAGCUCUAAUAUGAAGACAAUGGUGUCAAAGGCAGCUACACCAAACACUAUGGAAGAAGAUAGAUACAAGAAAAUUUUGAAGGGUAUUACUGGAAACAUUGGCCCUGGUGAAAUUCUUGCUCUGAUGGGUCCUUCUGGCAGUGGAAAAACAACCUUAUUGAGAGUUGUAGGAGGAAGAUUGCUUGACAAUGUAAAAGGAAAAAUAACUUACAAUGAUGUUAAAUAUACUCCAGCUGUCAAGAGAAGGAUUGGUUUUGUGACACAAGAGGAUAUACUUUUCCCACAAUUAACAGUGGAAGAAACAUUAAUCUUUUCAGCAUUCUUAAGGUUACCAACAACUAUGAACAAGCAACAAAAAUAUGCAAAAGUGGAAAAAACUCUGAAGGAGCUUGGUCUGGAAAGAUGUCGCCACACGAAAAUAGGUGGCGUAUCAGGAGGGGAAAGGAAAAGAACAAGCAUAGGCUAUGAAAUUCUUGUUGAUCCUUCAUUGUUGCUACUUGAUGAACCAACUUCAGGCCUUGAUUCUACAUCAGCAAAUAAACUACUUGUCACACUUCAAGGACUUGCUAAGGCUGGAAGGACUUUAAUAACAACAAUACACCAGCCAUCAAGCAGAAUCUUUCACAUGUUCGACAAACUUCUUUUGAUAUCAGAAGGCUAUCCUAUUUACUAUGGUACAGCUAGAGAAACAAUGGAGUACUUUUCGUCGUUGAGGUUCAGUCCGGAAAUAGCCAUGAAUCCAGCUGAGUUCUUGCUUGACAUGGCAACUGGUGAAGUGAAUGACAUAAGUGUUCCAACAGAUAUUUUUCAUGAUCAAGAAUCUGCCCAUGACUCUUCCAAAGCUGUUAUUAAAUAUCUACAACUCAAGUACAAAACUCUACUGGAGCCAAUAGCAAAAGAGAACCAAAGAGGAGUAAACAUACCAGAACAUCUUCAAGUGGCCAUUCAGGUAAAGAAAGAGUGGACAUUGAGUUGGUUGGACCAAUUUUUUAUUCUUUCAAGGAGAACAUUUAAAGCAAGAUCCAAGGACUAUUUUGACAAGUUAAGAAUAUUUCAAGCAAUUGGAGUAGCAUUUUUGUUGGGGCUAUUUUGGUGGAAAUCUUCAAUCAACACAGAAGCUCAACUCAGAGAUCAGGUUGGAUUAGCAUUCUACAUCUGUAUAUUCUGGACAUCUACAUGCAUUUUUGCAGCAGUCUAUGUGUUUCCAUUUGAAAAGUACUUCUUGAUAAAAGAAAGGAAAGCUGAUAUGUAUAGAUUAAGUGUAUACUAUGUAUGCAGCACUCUAUGUGACAUGGUGGCACAUGUUUUAUAUCCUACUAUUUUCUUGAUUAUUCUCUACUUCAUGGCUGGAUUUAAGAGGACUGUUGGUUGCUUCUUCCUCACGUUAUUUGUUGUUCUACUAAUAGCUAUAACAAGUCAAGGUGCAGGAGAAUUGUUUGGAGCUGCAGUUAUGAAUAUUAAAAGAUCAGGGAUGGUUGCUACUUUGGUACUAAUGUUAUUCCUACUUACUGGUGGCUACUAUGUCCAGCACAUACCAAAAUUCAUGCUAUGGUUGAAGUAUAUUUCAUUCAUGUACUAUGGUUUUAGACUACUUCUCAAGGUGCAAUAUUCAGGAGACGAAUUAUUUGAUUGUGAAGGCAGAUGGGGGUGUAGGCCUCUACAAACUUCACCAACAUUUGGCACUGUAAACUUGAAAGGUGGCUUAAAAGAAGUUUGGGUCAUGGUAGCCAUGGCUAUAUGUUUUCGUUUGUUAGCUUACUUUUGCCUCCGUAGAAAAAUUGAUGUCUAAAAUUUAUCUUAAUUAUAAGUUUGUUGAUUGAGAGAUCCAUGUUAGUAAUAUAUAUCACAUUAAUUAGCAUCAUUUGAGAGGUGCAACAUGUA